AACUUUGUCCGUCUAGUCACAUGGCGCCAGUGUCAGCUUGAAGCAAACUUCAUCUACACAAGUUCAAUUACUGCCCUCUUUGUCUUUACAGAAUUUAUGCCUAUGGACUUGGAAUGCCCCAGAGCUGGGAGUUUGUAGACAUCUACGGCUUGGAUCCUGACCUACUUGGCAUGGUGCCACAACCUGUCAAAGCUGUUGUUCUCCUUUAUCCAAUCAAUGAAAAGUCAGAAUCACAGCCAAUAGGCUCGGUCAAGCCAAACGAGAAGAUCUACCAUAUCAAACAGACGAUUGGCAAUGCCUGUGGGACAAUAGCUAUGGUGCAUACACUAGCCAAUAAUGCUGACCAGAUACAGUUUGAAGAUGGAAAACCCUUCCAGAAGUUUUUGGAAGCUACUCUUGAACUUUCUCCUGCAGAGAGAGCCACCUAUUUAGAAGGAGACAAGGGAAUGGGAUCUGCUCACGAAGAUAUUGCUCAGGAAGGCCAGACACAGGCACCCUCAAGAGAUGAGAAAGUAUCAACCCAUUUUGUGGCAUUGAUUGAUAAAGAUGGAGAGCUGUAUGAACUGGAUGGGCGAAAAGAUGGGCCUGUGCUUCAUGGGAAAACCACCCCAGAUACAUUACUUCAGGAUGCAGUGGCGGUUGUGAAGCAGUUUAUGGCGCGGGACCCAGAUGAACUGAACUUUACCCUCAUGGCCUUGGUCAGGAAGGGCUAGUUUCGGCAGAGGGGAGGUCACUUGCUUAAAACCAUUCCUUUACCAGACCAGAUGGGGCAUGACACUUCCUCACUGAUGGGCAUUUCCCUGAGCUAAUUCUACAGCGCCACCUGUGACAUCAACAAGGGACACAACUCUUGUGCAUCUGCAUUUUUUCAGUGGAAAGUAAAUGCGUCCAAUUUAUCAAUGGUGCUGACUGUGCUUCUGUGAUUAGCUGUUGUCAAAGCUUUCAGUAUUUGAUGUAAGUUCUAACUAAAUUAGGCCCAUGCAAAAAGGGUGUGUGUCUGAUUUCUUAGAAAUAAGUAUUAGCCAGGGUGUAAGAAAGAUUUGAGUUGAAAAAAAAUGUAACCCUUACGAAAUCAAACAAUACAGAAGUGGUCAUCAUUUGUUUUCUGACUUUGUAUUUCGAGAAGAUUUUAAGGAAAAUAAUUGUUUGAUAAAAUUAAACAUUAUUGUUUAACAUGGAACAUUUAAUGACUAUAAUCGGUUUUAAUUAAAGGGAAUUCUUAAAACUGUUUUUUUAUUGUUUCUAGGGUUGUUUGGUCAAAUCUAGUUAAUUCCAAUUUUAUCAAAU